ACUCUGCAAUGGUAUAAAUCAGAUUUUUGACAUCAGUUUCAAAAUGCAAGGCACAGCUGCUGUAGUCUGCAGUUUUCAAAAACUUUGGAAACACUGCAUAUUCAGCAAAAUUCAUUUUUUGUGUGAAUGUGCUGUUUCAAUCCCGACCUUUUGACCAAGAAUGAAACUAUUUAAAAAUUAAUAUGCCAACAGAUCACGAAGAGCCCUGUGGUCCCCGCCAGAGGUCAUUUUGCCUGAAUGGGGGAAUUUGUUAUGUGAUACCUACUAUUCCCAGCCCAUUUUGCAGAUGCAUUGAAAAUUACACAGGAGCUCGUUGUGAAGAGGUUUUUCUCCCAAGCACCAGCAUCCAAACGAAAAGUGACCUGUUUGCAGCAUUCGUGGCAUUGGCGAUCCUUGGAGUACUGAUCCUUGGCGCCUUCUACUUCCUCUGCAGGAAGGGCCACCUUCAGAGAGCCAGUUCAGCCCAGUAUGAUAUCAGCCUGGUAGAGACAAGCAACACUGCUGCCCACCAAUCACGGAGAACACUGAAGAUACAUCAAAGUGAACCAAAGAAUCGCUUCUCUGUUACAGAUGCAGAAAAUGAAACACUAUAA